AUACCCAAAACUUAUACUUAAGUACAGUAACAAAGUAUUUGUACUCAGUUACUUUACAACUCUGUUUUCUAGUUACCCAUUUAAAAAAAAAUCCAAUUUAAAAUGGCUUGUUUUUUUACACUGCAGCAUUUAUUGAGUUUGUUUCUUUGAAUGGCUUAGAACAAGACUGAAAAUCAAUGAACAGUCAAAGUCCACAUUGUUUUAAAGACAAUCAAAAAACCUAUAGAAAUUAAGAGUAGUGUGAUUUCUUUCACACUCUGACCAAAAUCUAUUGUUUUAGAUAAAGAUCCCUUGUUUUAAGACAUGAGAUGUUCAAAGUGCAGCGCAGUGGCAACAUCUAGGCUUUUAAAAAAAACAAAACAUUAAAACAAUCCGCAUCCACAGUGGCAGUCUCUUUAUAUCCCACCAUGUGGAUGAGAUGACAAGCCAAAACCGGUUCCUACGUGGAUGGUAGGCCGGUUUCAGCUGGCUGCGUUGCUCUGGUAACGGACCCUCUAUAAAUACUCCGAGGCUCCUUCGCCUCUWUCCAGUCAGUCAGGCUACACCUCCAAGCAGGGGCACUUCGUCGUGAAGGGGAACUGCUUUUUAAAAACCCAUCUCUCUGAUCUAAUGGACAAACUCUUUAUAAAUGCUUUUUAAGAAUCUUCACUCAAGGAAGUCACACUCCAGUUGCUCAACAGGCCCUGGCCUUGAGUCUUAUUUAAAGGGAUUUAAUUUCAGUGGUGAGCCCCCUUGGCUUCACUGCACCUAGGUCACAGCAGUUCUCAAUCCUGUCUCUUUCAUAUCCAAUUUGCACAAAAACAAAUAUCAGGAUGACCGCUGCCRCAAACACAGAUUUUGAAUUCUCUUUCCUCGAGGAGGGUUUUUCUGCUCGGGACAUUGUUGAGCAGAAAAUCAAUGAGUCAUCUUUGACGGAUGACAGGGAUGCUUUUUAUGUCUGCGACCUGGGAGAUGUCCUAAAGAAGCACCUUCGCUGGGUGAGGGCACUGCCUCGCAUCACUCCAUUCUACGCUGUGAAGUGCAACGACAGCCAGGCUGUAGUCAUGACUCUGGCAUCCCUGGGAACUGGCUUUGACUGUGCUAGCAAGACGGAGAUUCAGCUGGUUCAGUCUUUGGGAGUUGAUCCAAGCCGAAUCAUUUAUGCCAACCCCUGCAAGCAAGUUUCUCAGAUAAAGUAUGCGUCUUCGCACGGCGUCCAGAUGAUGACCUUUGAUAGUGAAGUGGAACUCAUGAAAGUGGCUCGUUGUCACGACAAUGCCAAACUAGUGUUGCGUAUCGCCACGGACGACUCAAAGGCAGUUUGUCGUCUGAGCGUGAAGUUCGGGGCCCCCCUGAAAGCCUGCCGGGGUCUUCUUGAGCGGGCCAAGGAACUGGGGCUGGAUGUGAUCGGCGUCAGCUUCCACGUGGGCAGUGGCUGCACUGACGCGGAGACCUACGCCAAAGCCAUCGCCGACGCCCGCUGCGUCUUCGAUAUGGGGGAUGAACUGGGCUUCAGCAUGGAUCUCCUCGACAUCGGAGGCGGUUUUCCUGGCUCUGAAGAUGCUGAGCUCAAAUUCGAAGAGAUCACCGCAGUCAUCAACCCGGCCCUCGACAAGUAUUUUCCUGUCGACGCUGGCGUCAGGAUCAUUGCCGAGCCGGGGCGGUUCUAUGUGGCGUCCGCCUACACAUUGGUUGUGAACAUCAUCGCCAAGAAGGUUAUCAUGGAUGAUGAGUCGGCUUCUGACGAGGAAGACGAAGCGAGCAGUGACCGGACUCUGAUGUACUACGUCAAUGAUGGGGUGUACGGYUCCUUUAACUGCAUACUGUAUGACCACGCUCACUGUUUGCCAACGCUGCACAAGAAGCCAAAGCCUGAUGAGGUCAUGUACCCCUGCAGUAUCUGGGGUCCAACGUGUGACGGCCUGGACCGGAUCGUGGAGCAGUGUUACCUGCCAGACAUGCAGGUGGGUGACUGGAUGGUCUUUGAGAAUAUGGGUGCUUACACCGUCGCUGCGUCCUCCACCUUCAACGGCUUUCAAAGACCCGACCUUUACUACGUCAUGUCUCGACCUGCCUGGCAACAGGUUCAGCAGAUUUGCUCUCGGGGCCUGCCAGCUUCUGCWGCAGAGUCUCACCUGGUUGACGUGCCAGCAUGCUGCGGGCGAGAGACCAGCUUGGAGGUUCCAGCUAAAUCCUGUCACAAACGUGUGGUUUAAACAUGCAGCAGCAUUUUUUAAAAUGUUUUUAUAUCUUCAAUAACGAUCAGACAAAGUUCUCUCCAAACUUGACACUUUUAAAGGUCAGGUAAAUAACUGGAGAAUGAGAGGAACAUUGUUGCACACAUUUCUGCUUUCUGUUUGAAAGCUGGGGAUCAACCUUCAAUGGAAUGAGGCUGAAUCACACUUGAAUUGUCUCCGUGGGGUUUAAACAGGAUGAAAUGGGACUGAUUUUUACUUGAAUUAGUUUCUGCAGUUCUCUAUCAAUAAUCACUGGGAAAUUAAUAACUGAGUUUCCUUUUAAUAAUAAUCAAACCACUGUAAACUCAAACCUGUGUCAGUACAGUUGCAAACAAGAAUCAUUGAUCUCUGUUGUAUAAAASAGGUCAUUUUAUUACUUUUAGGGAUGCACCGAUACCCCCACCCCUCAGAGUAGGAGUACUUCGGUUUGGGUACUUGCUGAAACUGAGUACUGAUACAGAGUACCUAUUGAACUUCACCGUCAUGCCAGAUAAUUAUUUAAUCUGCUCUGAUUCCACAAUAACUUCAUAAUCAGCAUGCUAACAUGUAGCAUCCAUAGGCUACUUUUGUAAACAGCACGCUGAAUGCAGCGUCAUGUUAUCUUCUGUGCAUGUGUGGCACAGCAGCUGCAUAAAGCGUYCACACUGGCGUGUAAUGGGGGGUUACAUUUGAAAUGUGUGUCCACACAAAAAAAAAGUGAAAUGGGGGGGAUUUUGAACGAGUACUUGUACAAAAAGCUGAUAUCUGUGUAUUCUUAAUUGCUUUAUCAAUAUCAAAUAUAUGUUGGCUCASAAAGAGGUGGUCAGAUGUGUACUUCAGUUCCUCAAGUAGCUGCUAUAUUUUUUUGUUUCCAUGAUCUCCACUUCAGUACUGAGCCUUUCAAGUGUUAGUUCUCAAGAUCUCUAGAAGCACCACAUAACUUAUGGAGAUAAAUAUUUUAGUGUCUGGUCCAUGUUGACURUAUGAUUCAGUACACUUGACUCUUGAGAGAAAUAUCUGUUUUUCACCUGUCUAAUAUAAAAGUCUUAAAGAUGAACAUUUCAAACACAGGGACUCAAAAAGCAGACUGUACCUUUCCUCUUCUCCUUCCUGCUUUUAUAUUUUUGUCUUAGACUGAUUAUGCAUUAUGUAAUAUUAAGACUUGGACACAGUUUGAUCAUGCAUUUAAACUGGAUAUGAACGAGACGGGAUUGCACAAUAUUUCUUUCCUAUGGAAACUUUUUGGAGUUUUGUAUUUUUUUAUUAAAUAAAUCAUUAGGUGCAGAGCCAAAUCAUGAA